CUUCUGCGGGAUUGGGUACGCCGUUUCAUUUCCAACCUUGUUGCCAACGCUCCGGGUGGCCUCUCUAAUUACCCUCCAUUGCAGUCGGAGUCGCGGCCCCGCUUGCCCGUGUCGGUCCAGCCAAGUAGCAAUGUCAAGGCAACUAGUCGUCUCCCUUGUAAUAGUAGUACUCUUGGGGCUGUCAUUGUUUCUUCGGCUAUUCCUACUGCACCAAUAUUUUCCUCAUAUGCCAGUGCCGGUAGUAGUGCUGGUUGCAAUGGUCACCGAGGCAACAGUGGUAAAGUUGGCGCAAUAAUCCCUCAGGCAAUUGUGAGAAAGACACGUCAUAAUCGUCUGCCUUUCGGUUCCCGAACACCUCCAGCCUUCUGGUUCAAUUCAGUAUGUCCACUGAUGCUUAUAACCAUAGUCACACCAUUUUCCUCCUUCACUCAUCUACUAACUAGUGAAUAG